AUGACCACCCUCGCCAUCUUCGACUUCGACGGCACCCUCUUCGACACCCACGAGUCUAUUUCACAAACCAUCAAAUUGACCUUCGACGCCCUCCUCCCCGCCCAAGUUCCUCCGCAAGACUCCAUCCACCGCCUCAUCGCCAGCGGCGCUGGCCUGGCUGACACCUUCCAAGCCCUCCACCCCGACCCCGCCGCAUUCACCCCCGCCGUAGAAGUCCAAUGGAUCGACCAAUACCGCGCCCUCUAUGCCACCCACGGCCAAACCCUCGUUAAAGCCUUUCCAGGCGCCCAAGCCCUCCUCGCUACCCUUACAUCCCGCCAGAUCCCCAUCGCCAUUGUGAGCAACAAGGGCGUGGCAGCCGUUAAGACCGCCCUCGAGCGCAAUGGUCUCGCUGGCGCCGUGCCGGACGACCUGAUCAUCGGCGACAAGACGCCCGGCGCGAAGCGCAAGCCCGACCCGGCCAGUUUCGUGGACGUCCUGCUGCCCGUGCUGCGUGAGAACUACAGGCUUGGCGCCGUGGACCCGGCGUCUGUGCUGGUGGUGGGCGAUACGCUGGCGGAUGUACAGUUUGCGCGCAAUAUAGGGAGUAAGGUGUGUUGGUGCCGGUUUGGGUAUGGGGAUUCGGCGGCGUGUCUGGCGGCGGGGCCGGAUUUUGUGGUGGAUUCGUUGGCCGAGGUGGCGGGGAUUGUUAAUUAA